AUGAAAGACGGAAAUCCACCAUCAACAGCGUUCAUCAGUCGACCACUAGAUUUUCAACACAUAUCAGCAUUAUCCUUGAUACAUACCGAUUCAAAGGCUCUUAAGCCGCAACUCAUCACCCUCCUCACACAAGCGGAUUAUGGCCUGAACGAGCAGUACGAAGCUCUACUGCUCUUGUACCGGUGGGUCAUUCCGGAAAUGGGACCCAGGCCAAGGUCAAGCGUAGCGCCUUGGAAGAGCUUUAUGACUGAUGACCACUCUCCCAUUGAAUGCGCUAUUGAGCUCGUCAGUCCCUUGACUGGAAGCACUCAAGAUCCAUUUAAUCAAAUUCCCACGCGAAAUCUUCAUUAUAACCUUGCCAAAGUUAUUCCUGAGCUUGAUCUAACCUGGUUUGAGCAUUUCUGGCAUGAGUUACUGGGUCCUGAAUCGCCAGCCGCGUCCAUCUCUGGGAUCCCAACAAAAGGCUCGACUAUAUUCGCGGCCUUGGAGAUGCUCCGUGAUCACUUGUUUGUCAAAACAUACUUCAUACCAGUUGAGACACCAGAGCUCAGUGCCUGGCAACAGAUAAGCCGAGCUAUUAAAACCUCAGGAUGUCAAAGUCUUGAGGCUUUAAACCGCGUGGAAUCAUAUCUCUCGGAUCGCGACGGUGGAACACAACUCCGCCCCUUCAUGCUGGCAAUAGACUGUGUUGCACCCGGUGCUUCACGGCUCAAGAUAUACGCAAGAUCCAACCAAACUUCUUUCCGCUUUGUUCGAGACGUCAUGACUGUUGGUGGACUCCGGACCGGCUUGGAUAAAUCACUUGAGAGAUUUUUCGAUUUGUGGAAACGUACGCUUGAUCUCGACCCUAAUGCAUCACCUGAAGACGAGCUACCCAACGUGGAUCACCCAACUUCCGGGACGGUGUUUCACUUCGACGUUGCACCCAAAUCAUUUAUUCCUGAAGUCAAGGCGUAUAUACCUGUUCGACACUACGCCAAGAAUGACCUUCAAGCUGCACUUGGGCUUCUAGGAUAUCUUGAAGACCACGGUCGUGGGUAUUACUCGCAAUCGUAUCUCGGCGCAUUGGAUGUGUUGGCGCCACCUGGUCAGCUCGACCAAGCUACUGGGCUACAGACCUACUUUGCAGUUGCGUGUCAGGGCGAUGACUUGUCCCUCACUUCGUACUUGAACCCUCAGUUUUAUGGAGCGUUUCGAGUUCCCAAAAGUACAUAG